AUCGUGCCAAAUCCCGUCCCCAUCGUGCCAAAUCCUGUCCCCAUCAUGCCAAAUCCUGUCCCCAUCGUGCCAAUCCCUCUGUCCCAAUCCAGCCACAACAGCCACGGGCUCACCUGAGAGGGGCGGGGACCUGCCCUCAUCCCUCUGCUCCAUAUUAAUGAGCCCCUUCCUCCUCCUCCUCCUCCUCCUCCUCCUCCUCCUCCUCCUCCUCCUCCUCCUCGCCCGCCCUCCCGGUGUCCCGGAGCGCUGCGAGUCGGGGCGGCCGGCGCUCGGUGCCAGCCGCGCUCGGUGCCAGCCCGGCUCGCCAUGGCCCGUGCCACCGUGGUGUCGCAGCUCUGGCUCCUGCUCCAAGCCUCCUGCCUCUGCCUGGCCCAGCUCCGAGGGCCACCAGGAGAGCCUGGCCCACGAGGGCCCCCCGGUCCCCCAGGAGUGCCGGGAGCUGAUGGCAUCGACGGUGACAAGGGCCCUGUAGGAUCUGCCGGCUCCCCGGGAGUCAAGGGCGAGCCUGGAGCCCCUGGGCCGGAUGGACCCCCAGGGAAGCCGGGAAUUGAUGGCCUGACGGGAGCCAAAGGGGAGCCAGGACCCACAGGCAGGCCAGGAGUCAAAGGCCAACCCGGACUCCCAGGGCCACCGGGGCUCCCUGGUCCUUCACUGCCAGGACCCCCUGGGCUUCCAGGCCAGGUUGGACUCCCCGGGGAGAUCGGCGCGCUGGGACCCAAGGGUGACCCUGGACCCGACGGCCCGAGGGGUCCCCCAGGCCCUCCAGGGAAACCUGGACUCCCAGGACACCUCCAAGGCGUGGAAGGCAGCGCUGAUUUCCUGUGUCCCACCAGCUGCCCCCCAGGUCCCAAGGGCCCCCAGGGACUGCAGGGACUGAAGGGACACAGAGGCCGCCCCGGUGCCCUCGGAGAGCCCGGCAAGCAGGGAGAGCCGGGCCCCAAGGGGGAUGUUGGUGCCUCUGGAGAACAAGGAGUCCCAGGCCCUCCGGGACCUCAGGGCCUCAGGGGGUAUCCUGGCAUGGCAGGACCCAAGGGGGAGACGGGCCCUGCUGGCUACAAGGGCAUGGUCGGGAGCAUCGGAGCUGCCGGGCGGCCGGGCAGAGAAGGCCCCAAGGGACCACCUGGGGGCCCUGGUGACAAGGGAGAGCUGGGUGGCCGUGGCAUCAGGGGACCCCAGGGUGACAUUGGCCCCAAGGGGGAGAAUGUGAGUACAGCUGAAUCCAUGGAAGAAGGACACAUGAAUCCGUGGGAGAACAAGUGA